ACAUCAUUACACAUAUGACAUUAUUGAUAGUUUGACGUGGUUAGUGAAUGAGCGUAACAAUUGUUCGUGUGAAUUCAGCCUACAGCCGCAAAAUAUAGGUUUAUUUGCUGCAAAAUUGAAGUCUAAAAUACACGCUCAGUUAGCCGGCCGAUUUUAAUGUGGCUAUGUGCUUAGUCUGGUAAAGUUUGUAUUAAUUUUAGUGGGUGAACUCAUGAUGAACUUUUACACUGUGCUGUGUUUAUUUCUAGUGAAUAGUAUCGUUCUGGCUAGUAAACCCACGGGGAUUCGCAGAAAUCAUAUAACAAGGACAAGAGAAAUUAUAAUUCCUGUUAAGGUGCAUUUAGACUUUCACCUCUCCAAGAAGAUAGCAAAAGAACACGGCUUCAGGACAAGAAAAAAAAUUAAAGAUAUCGUUCACAACAUAUUAAGAGAGGCCAACAAAUUAUUUAGACGUCCGAGUCUUAAUCAAACAAUAACAUUGAGACUUCUAGAUACAAAAUUUUUACGCCGAACAAAAAUGGUGGCUAUAGAUGAGAAUGCGACGAUUUAUCUAAAGAAUUACUGUGAGAUGCAGAGUUAUUAUAAAAGUUUGAAAAAGAAACAAUAUUAUUCAAUAUUACUGACGGGACUCAAUCUUUUUUACAUUAGUAAUGGGAGGAAGGUCACAAAAUCAACAGCUCGAAGUUACACCAAAGGGGUCUGUAAUGUGAAGAAAAGUUGCGCCUUGCUUGAGUGGAAACCAAAAAACAUGGGAUAUUUAUUGGCGCAUGAAAUAGGUCACAGUUUAGGAAUGUCACACGAUGGUCCCCCAUACAACGACUGUACGAAUCAAGACAUCAUGCAGCCAAAGUACGAUCCGUCAAACCAUCCCAAUACGUGGUCACAUUGUAGUCGACUUUACUUUGAAUAUUUUAUGAGGAGUGAAAAGGCUUGGUGUCUCCAGGGUGCUUCUUCCCGCUCAACGAUCAAGUAUAAUAUUUAAUGCCUCGUUGGUUGGUUUUGUACCUUAUGCACAAGUAGCAAUGCAAAAUAAAACAGAUACCUCAUUAUGAUCAAAGACAGUGAAAUUUGUAGUCUGUUUUGAGUAAUACGGAGAUUUUUUUGAGCCAACUAGAUAGAGAUAUAAACUCAAUAGACACCAGAUCUAUCUCAUAAAUAUAAUAUUUUGACAAACACUGAUUCUUCGAGUAUAUUCUUCGCUCAUGAUUUAAUAUAGAUGUUAAAUAAUUGCCGCUAUGAACCAAUGAUUACUUUGACAAAAUUGCAUUAGUAUCUACAAGGGUGGAAAUAUUCAUAUUUCUCAGUACUCAUAAUAAUUACAGUUUAAUAAAUAGUUUAGCUGGUAUUUUUAUUCAUAACUAUAAUUGUGAUAUUCGUGCGUUUAACGUUGUAUAAUGCAUUUACUACAUUUCGUUUAGAUUCUAAAUAAUUGCUUAUAUAAAAUGUUAGCAAUUUUUAUCUACUUUCAAAGAUGAAAGAUAUAUUAACUGACUUAAAUGAUAUUUUUAUGAAUUAUUGUAAAUAUUAAUUAAUAAUUUAAAAACCAAAUAAAAUAAAAAUAUUUUU